GCUCCCAUUUUUCCUCCCCAAACUUUUUGUCCUCACUGUGGGUAGCCAUGGCGUCCGUGAAGUCGAACCAGCUCAACACCCUCGUGGCCAACAUGUUCGCUGCGGGUAUGCUGGACGAUCAGUUCCGGCAGCUUCAAAUGCUCCAGGAUGAGAGCGCGCCAGACUUUGUUGCCGAGGUCAUCACGCUUUUCUGCGAGGAGGGCAAGCGUAUCAUCGGUGAGAUCACCAAGCAGUUGGACCAACCAUAUGUGGACUAUGACAAGAUGGACAUAUUUGUUGAUCAGCUCUGGGGAAGCAGUGCACAUGUUGGUGCUCAAAGAGUGAAGAACACUUGCAUUCGGUUUCAUGAGUGUUGUCAGGAGAAGAGCAGAGUUGGGUGCCUGAAGACACUGGAUUCUGUGAGAAAUGAUUUCUAUGAUCUGUGCAGCAUGUUCACACCAUAUGCUUCAGCUGGAGUAGCACGUCCUAAACUGUAGACCGGAGAAAUAAAGUUCUGACUGCACAAUGCGCUUGCAGUCGUAGAACAUGUUCAACUUAGCAUAUAUCCUGGAGUUGUUUGCAUAUGUGUGGUCUAUAGCUCUGUCAAGCGACAAGCUGCUCAUCUAGUGUCAAUGUCUCUAUUACUGUUUGUAGUUUGGUUUUGAAUUAUUGGUGGUCAAAUAAAAAUCAUCUGCGGUCGUUUUGCGGAUGAUCUGUGGUUAAUCUGGUGUCUCGGUUCUAGUCGAUUUCUAGCUCGUAGAAAUGAAAUAGCAGUGUAAUCUCGACAAAAUCAUGCCUCGUCGGUCGGCGUAUCAACUAUGGUGGUAUAUUGUGGAGAACACUGUAGUAAUGUUAUUUCAGUAUCAA